AUGCUUUUAAAACAGCUUCGUUUGGAUAUUUAUUGCCAACUUCCAUUUGCUGGUAUCAAACAAGAAUUUCAACAAUUUAUUUUUGAUGUUGAAUUUCUUAGAAAAUCCAAUAACUCUUACGUUCGCUUCCUAAAUAGCGUACUUAAUUAUUAUGAUGUCAUUCAAGGGUUAAAGGAUAAAUGCUGUUUUUCCAAUUCAAAUACAAGGAUUUUAAAGAAGAUUACAGAUUUAUUUGACCCUAAUAAUCUAGUUUUGUUAGGUGGAAAUAGAAACACGGACGUCUUCCUUAAUUCCAGUAUAUUAGAACAUGCCGAGAGUUUAUCAAGUAUUUUUGGGCGAAUCUUACGACAAACACUAUUAUCACACUCACAACACUCAAGAGUUUUUGGUUGUUUGAAUGAGGUAAUCCUUUCCAAGUAUAGAGAUGUCGCGUGGAGUAAAAUGUACUUGAUUGCAGAAGAUAUUAUACUGCCUUCACAAAUACUCCAAAAACUUUUAUCAUUUGAAAAACCAAAUGUUUCCAACAUAGUCAAAAAUCUCCGUUUCUUGUAUAAUGACCUCCAUAAUGAUGAUGAAUUGAGGAAUAGUUGGGCCGAUAGAUUCAAGCAUGACAUUUUUGAGAUUUAUAAAUGGCUUGAUGAUGAAACCUCACAUGAGGAUAUUGACUUGUCCAAAUCAAAUCCGUUUAAUCGCGAUAAUUGGAUUACUGCUAAAUAUUUAAUUUUAAACCGUGAGCCAGGUGAAGACCAAUAUGUGAAUCCAAUGCUUGCUAGGUAUUCUAAUAUGCUUAAAGGUGCUGAUGUCAGAGAAAUAAAACCGCUAAUUAUAAAAUACGGGUUAAGCAACAUGAUUAAUCAAGUAUUAACAGAAAAAGAGCAUUUGAAUUUCUAUUAG